GCGACCUCCGCGCCGCGGCCGCUGCCUCCGCCUCCCGCCGGGAGCGACCCGGGCGGCGCCGGCCGCCUCGAGCGGGCCGCGGGUCCGCCUCCGCCGCGCCGAGGGCGUGGGCUCCGGGCUCCCGGAAGCGGCGGGCCGCGGCGUGGAGCCGAGCGGGCGCCCGUCCCCGGAGUGGCAAUGCGCGGCGGCUGGCGGCGGUGACCUGAGCGCGGCGGCCCGGGCCGGGGCCUCUCCAUGGCGGCUCGCUGAGGCUGAGGCUGAGGCUGAGGCGGCGGCGGCGGCUGUUAGCGUGGCGGCGGCCGAGGGGAUGCUGCUCAAGCUUUUGCAGAGACAGACCUAUACCUGCCUGUCCCACAGGUAUGGGCUCUACGUCUGCUUCGUGGGCGUCGUGGUCACCAUCGUCUCCGCCUUCCAGUUCGGAGAGGUGGUUCUGGAAUGGAGCAGGGAUCAAUACCAUGUUUUGUUUGAUUCCUACAGAGACAAUAUUGCUGGGAAAUCCUUUCAGAAUCGGCUCUGUCUGCCCAUGCCAAUCGAUGUGGUUUAUACCUGGGUGAAUGGCACAGAUGUUGAACUACUGAAGGAACUGCAGCAGGUCAGAGAACAGAUGGAAGAAGAGCAGAAAGCGAUGAGAGAAAUCCUUGGAAGGAAUACAACAGAACCCACUAAAAAGAGUGAGAAGCAGUUGGAAUGCCUGCUGACACACUGCAUCAAGGUGCCGAUGCUGGUCCUGGACCCGGCCCUGCCAGCCAACAGCACCCUCAAGGACCUGCCAUCGCUUCAUCCUUCUUUCCAUUCUGCCAGUGACGUGUUUAAUGUUGCAAAACCCAAAAACCCUUCUACUAAUGUCUCAGUUAUUGUUUUCGACAGUGCUAAGGAUGUUGAAGAUGCCUACACUGGACUGUUGAAACGAAACAGCAGACAGGCAGUUUGGAGGGGCCACUUGACGACAGAUAAAGAAGUCCCCGGCUUAGUACUAAUGCAAGAUCUGGCUUUCCUAAGUGGAUUUCCUCCAACAUUCAAGGAAACAAGUCAACUGAGAACAAAACUGCCAGAAAAUCUUUCUUCUAAAAUUAAGCUGUUGCAGUUGUAUUCAGAAGCCAGUGUGGCACUUCUAAAAUUGAAUAGCCCUAAGGAUUUCCAAGAACUGAAUAAGCAAACUAAGAAGAACAUGACCAUUGAUGGAAAAGAAUUGACCAUAAGUCCUGCAUAUCUGUUAUGGGAUCUGAGCGCCAUCAGCCAGUCCAAGCAGGAUGAAGACGUGUCUGCCAGCCGAUUUGAAGACAACGAGGAGCUGAGGUACUCGCUGCGGUCUAUCGAGAAACAUGCGCCGUGGGUUCGGAAUAUUUUCAUUGUCACCAACGGACAGAUCCCAUCCUGGCUGAACCUUGACAAUCCCCGAGUGACGAUCGUAACACACCAGGAUGUUUUUCGAAAUUUGAGUCACUUGCCUACCUUUAGCUCACCUGCAAUCGAAAGUCACAUCCAUCGUAUCGAAGGCCUGUCCCAGAAGUUCAUUUACCUGAAUGAUGAUGUUAUGUUUGGGAAGGAUGUCUGGCCAGAUGAUUUUUACAGUCACUCCAAGGGCCAGAAGGUUUACUUGACAUGGCCUGUGCCCAACUGUGCCGAGGGCUGCCCGGGGUCCUGGAUCAAAGAUGGCUAUUGUGACAAGGCUUGUAAUAAUUCAGCCUGUGACUGGGACGGUGGUGAUUGCUCGGGCAACAGUGCAGGGCAUCGGUACGCUGCCGGAGGUGGGGGUACCGGGAACCUGGGGGUUGGACAGCCCUGGCAGUUUGGUGGAGGACUAAACAGCGUCUCAUACUGUAACCAAGGAUGUGCAAAUUCCUGGCUUGCCGAUAAAUUCUGCGACCAAGCCUGCAACGUGUUGUCCUGUGGGUUUGAUGCUGGAGACUGUGGGCAAGAACAUUUUCAUGAAUUGUAUAAAGUAACUCUUCUCCCAAACCAGACUCACUAUGUUCUUCCAAAAGGUGAAUGCCUGCCUUAUUUCAGCUUUGCAGAAAUAGCCAAAAGAGGAGUUGAAGGGGCCUACAGUGACAACCCAAUCAUUCGACAUGCUUCUAUUGCCAAUAAGUGGAAAACCAUCCAUCUCAUAAUGCACAAAGGGAUGAAUGCAACCACGAUACAUUUUAAUCUCACGUUUCAGAAUUCACGUGAUGAAGAGUUCAAAACCCAGAUAACAGUAGAGGUGGAUACAAGAGAGGGACCAAAAGCGAACACUACGACCCAGAAGUCUUAUGAAAAUCCAGUUAGCCCCGUAACACCUCUAACAGAGAUGGAGGUCCUUUUUGAAGAUAUCCCAGAAGAAAAACGUUUCCCAAAGGUCAGGAGAUCUGAUGGAAACACAACAGGGCGAGCCCAAGAGCAGGUGGAAAUCCCUCUGGUAAACACUUCUCUCCUUCCCAAAGAGAUCCAGCUGAAGCUCCACUACCUGGAUUUGCAGCUGGAACAAGGAGACAUCACCGUGAAAGGCUACAAUUUAUCCAAGGCAGCCUUGCUGACAUCCUUUCUGAUGAGUUCACAAGAUGCCAACGUCAAAGUAAGUCCAGCUGUAAGAACAGACGUGACAAACGACAGCAUGGAAGCCCCACCACUGGAGAAACAGGGCUACGAAAGUAUCUCACCAAGCAGCCCGGGGGCAUCCCGAGGACAGUGGUCAGCUUUUCCAGCAGGCACAGUGAAAGCAAAUGGGCACUACCAGACUCAGAAUCCCCCCUUGGUGUUGGGGGCCAAAAGGAGAUUUAGGUCAGAAGCUCAGACUCACAGAGUAGCAGGUGCGUCGAAAGAAAAGCUGUCUUCUCUUGUUGUUCCGUUGGAAAACCAUGAGGCCGAAGGAAAAAUCACAGGGGGAGAAGAGGAAGCAAACAGAAUGAACCCCAUUCCUACAGAUCACAAUGAAGUGAUACCUGGAAGGAGACUGCAGCAUUAUAUAGAAAGCUACCGGGGCUUUUUGCCAUGGGAGAAGAAAAAAUUUUUCCAAGAUCUUCUUGAUGAAGAAGAGUCGUUGAAGACACAAUUGGCCUACUUUACUGAUAGCAGACGAACUGGGAGGCAACUACAAGACACGUUUGCAGAUUCUCUCCGAUAUGUAAAUAAAAUUCUAAAUAGCAAGUUUGGGUUCACAUCCCGGAAAGUCCCUGCACACAUGCCUCACAUGAUCGACCGGCUCGUUAUGCAGGAGCUGCAAGAUAUGUUCCCUGAAGAAUUUGACAAGACAUCAUUUCACAAAGUGCGCCAUUCGGAGGAUAUGCAGUUUGCCUUCUCUUAUUUUUAUUAUCUCAUGAGUGCUGUUCAGCCUCUGAAUAUUUCUCAAGUCUUUGAUGAAAUUGAUACAGAUCACUCUGGUGUCUUGUCUGACAGAGAGAUCCGAACUCUGGCCACCCGGAUUCAUGACCUCCCCUUAAGUUUGCAGGAUUUAACAAGUUUGGAACACAUGCUGAUAAAUUGCUCCAAAAUGCUUCCUGCUAAUAUCACACAACUAAGCAAUAUUGCACCAACUCAAGAAGCUUACUACGAUCCCAACCUGCCGCCAGUCACUAAAAGUCUGGUAACCAGCUGUAAACCAGUAACUGACAAAAUCCACAAAGCGUAUAAUGACAAAAACAAAUACAGGUUUGAAAUCAUGGGAGAAGAAGAAAUUGCUUUUAAAAUGAUUCGUACCAAUGUUUCUCAUGUCGUUGGCCAGUUGGAUGACAUAAGGAAAAACCCCAGGAAGUUUGUUUGCCUGAAUGACAACAUUGACCACAAUCAUAAAGACGCCCAGACGGUGAAGGCUGUUCUCAGGGACUUCUAUGAAUCCAUGUUUCCCAUUCCUUCCCAGUUCGAGCUGCCGAGAGAGUAUCGAAACCGCUUCCUUCACAUGCAUGAGCUACAGGAAUGGAGAGCCUAUCGGGACAGGUUGAAGUUCUGGACCCACUGUGUGCUGGCAACACUCAUUAUAUUUACUGUAUUCUCCUUUUUUGCUGAACAGCUAAUUGCACUUAAGCGGAAGAUAUUUCCCAGAAGGCGGACACACAAAGAAACUAGUCCUGAUCGAAUCAGGGUAUAGGAGGUCUUCGUUGGAAAAUCAUCUACCUCAGCAUUUACUGAGUAUUUUAAAACUUAGCAUCACCAAGUUGUCUUCGUGAUGUGCGGCUCGGCCAGCUUGGCCUGAAG